UAUACGUAAAAACUAUUAUAGAAUAGGUACAUGUGGAUACUCCAUCAGUUUACGCUGGUUUGUGACACAUUUUAUUAGCCUACACGUAAAACUAGCUAGCAGCAGCUAGCAAAACGAAGUACUGGUGAGCUACCGCCUAAGCAGCGGCAUAAUUUACCUAAAGUUUAUAAUUGACUAGUAAGCUAACGUGCAUGAAUCUUAGCCAAAAAUGGCUCACGUGGACAGUACCAGGGGUAGGAAGUGAUUUAGCAUGGCGCACGUAAUAAACUUCGUCGCUCACCGGAUGGUUUUCUGGAUUGGUCUAUUUUUUGGUGGGAAGACGUUCUGUACUAACGUGUUCUCAUUCAAGUUCAGAAAUACGGUCUAAUUCAAUUUGUUUUGACAGAUCCUGGAUUACUGGUAAUAUUAUAAUUUCGAUUUGUAUACGGUCCGAGAAGUACUUUCCAGUACACUGUGCCGUUAGAGAUAUGUAAUUCAAAUUGUUUUGGUUCUGUUAUCUUUCAUUGACCACGAUAUGCUGCCUUCGAACGAGUAACCUAUGAGCUCAGUAACUCUUUUCGAUAGGGGCGAUCCCUAAAUAAGGAUGUGCAUAUGCAGACAGGAGGGCCAACUGAAACCAGAGCCACUUGAAACCAAAAUGUCCACUCGCAAAGGUCAAGUAGUUGGCAAUAGUAGAAUCGAGGUUUACUCGGAAAAUUUUGCUCAAGCUGAUCCUCAACCGAACGCUAAAAGACGUCGGAUAAAUGAGCUCAUUCAAGACGUCUCCGGAAAAGAUAUCUCUCGUUUAGACUUCACGAAGGUGCAAGCAAACAAAUCGCGGUCAACACUGCGUGCUCGCCUUACGGUGAGGAACGACACUAACGUAACCACGAUCGAAUGUAAUAGGAAAUCUGCGAAAACGUUCCAUGAAAUCGAGCCAUCACGCAUUCAAGCGACGAAGUCGACCGAGGAGUUGGUCUCAGCAGGCGACACCCAAGCCACAGCGGAUGCAAACCAGGCCUCGAUAGCGAAAAAAUCUAAAGAGAAGAAGGAUCUAGAUGUGAGGAAGGAUUUGAGUAGGAUCAACCCUCUCGAUUACUACGUAGAAAAAAGCGACCUUCCACCUAACGUACCCGAUAUCGACAAAGAAUUGCUCAGCGACCCGAAUUAUCCAGCCCAAUACGCCCAUGACCUAUUUGCGUAUCUUCGUAGGCGCGAAAAGUUGUUUGUUGGAGAACGGUAUCUCAGCCGGCAGCCUGAGAUGACUUCAAACUUGCGCGCGCUGUUCGUCGACUGGCUGAUUCAAUUACAGGAGGUAUUGGGAUUCAACCACGAGACUUUAUAUCUGUCGGUGAAAAUUUUCGAUCGCUACCUUGCUCGUUCGUCCAAACGGAUUCAGCGGAGCGAAAUACAGCUGCUCGGAGCCGCUGCGGUACUAAUUGCAAGCAAAAUGGACGAGCGGGUUGCGCUAAGUCCCCAUGACUUCGUUGUCCUUUGUAACAAAAAGUACGACGCCCAGCAAUUUAUGAAGAUGGAGACGAACAUCUUGGUGACACUCAAUUUUGAGCUGUCGAUGCCGUUAAGCUACAGCUUCCUGAGGAGGUUCUGCCGCUCGGUCAAAAUGGAUAUGCGUGAGAUGACCUUGGCUCGUUUUGUCCUUGAGUCAUCUUUAAUGGAGAUUUCGAUGAUUACACACUGUGAAACACAUCUUGCAGCAGCCGCCUUACUGUUGGCUUUCGAAGUACUUGGUCGAGAAUGGAACGACACGCUCACGUACUACACUGGCUACCAACCCCACGAAUUAGUCGCUACACGCAAUGAGAUGAAUGCUUUAGUCCACUAUUUGCAAGCUCUGUAUCGUAUUGAGAACGCAACGAUCAAAAGCAUCAUGAGUAAAUAUUCGCACGAAGUGUUCUUCGGCGUAGCGCAGCAAAAGUUCCCGCCUGUGAAUCAACCAUAACAUAGCUACGAGUGCAGGUAAACAAGGAUAACAGAGACAUUAAGGGAAGUGGUAGCACGGAGGGCAAGCUUCACGUACACGCAUAGUGAACGCUAGAGUUUAUUUGAUGCGCCGAUUUCUAUUUGUAAUUGUAAUAUAAACUGUACAUAUAGUGUAGGAUAAUAUGUGCAUAGAAGCAUCGUAGAAACGUGAAACGUAACUAGAUUAGGAAAAAGUCUACGGUUACGUCGCUCACUAUGUACUAACAUCUCUUCAUUCAUGUAACACUUUAAAGCUAAUCGUUCUUAAAAAGUCGUCACCAUCAUCGUUUCAGAACAGUGACCAUUGUAACCUCUAGGUAGAUGAAAUUAUACAAAAGCAUGUGUAUAACAACGCAGAUAGAGAAAUACAGGAAAACACGGGAAAUACGAUGAUGGAAGAGAUAAAGAAUAACAACAAAAAAAACGACUUCGCAUA